AUGACGACUGUAGCUGAAGGACCAAAGCUGACGACUGAGCGGGUGCCUAUUAAGAAUAAGGUCUGCUUGAUCGUCCACGAUGGAUGGGGAAUUGCGCCCAAGGAAGGGAUGGAGGGCAACGCCAUCGAAGCUGGCGAGACCCAUUUUAUGGAUACCAUCGCCAAGGACCACUCCUACCGCACCCUGCGAGCCAGCGGGACCGCGGUCGGGUUGAGCGAGGGGUUGAUGGGUAACAGCGAGGUUGGACAUUUGAACGUUGGCGCUGGGCGUGUUGUGUGGCAGGAUAUCGUCCGCAUCGACGUGGCGAUCAAGAAGAAGCAGUUCCACGAGAACCCGACUAUCCUCGAAGCGUGCAAACGCGCCAAGGAGGGAACUGGGCGAUUGCAUUUCCUCGGUUUGAUCUCCGACGGCGGCGUGCACUCACACAUCACGCACCUCUUUGCCCUCCUCGAGACCGCCAAGGAACAAGGCGUGCCAGAGGUGUACAUCCACUUCUUCGGCGACGGCCGCGACACCGCCCCGCGCUCCGCCACCAAAUACAUCCAGCAGCUCGGCGAGUUCACGGACGAGCACAAGGUCGGCGAGCUCGCGACCAUCAUCGGGCGGUACUACGCCAUGGACCGCGACAAGCGAUGGGAGAGGAUCAAGCUGGCGGUGUUGGGUUUGACGACGGGAAAGCCUGAGGAGGAGGGUAAGAGCUUUGAGAGUGUGCAGAAGGAGGAGGGGUGGAAGGGUGCUGUGACUGUUGUGGAUGAGAAUUAUAAGAAGGAUGUUACGGAUGAGUUUUUGAAGCCUAUUGUGGUGAAUGGGGAGAAGGGACGUGUUAGGGACGGGGAUACCCUGUUCUUCUUCAACUAUCGCAGCGAUCGUAUGCGCGAGAUCAGUAGUGUGUUUGGUGGGUUGGAGGAGAUUGAGGGUUUGACUGUGCCCAAGGAUCUCGGUAUCUUCACGAUGAGCCAGUACAAGAAGGAGUUCCCGUUCAAGGUUGCAUUCCCGCCUCAGGCAAUGACGAACGUGCUCGCCGAAUGGUUGGCCAAGAAGGGUCUCAGGCAGGCCCACGUUGCUGAAACCGAGAAAUACGCGCACGUCACGUUCUUCUUCAAUGGUGGUGUGGAGAAGCAGUUUGAGGGAGAGGAUAGGUUCAUGAUUCCUUCGCCCAAGGUUGCUACAUACGACCUCGAUCCCAAGAUGAGCGUCCAUGGUGUCGCUGAGAAGGUGGCGGAGUUGUUGGAUAAGAACGAGUAUGAUUUCGUGAUGUGUAACUUUGCUCCUCCUGAUAUGGUUGGCCAUACUGGUGUUUACGACGCUGCUGUGACUGCCAUCACUGAGACUGAUAAAGCUGUUGGCACGAUCUACAAGGCUGCGGAGAAGAAUGGGUACAUUUUGUUGAUUACUGCUGAUCAUGGGAAUGCGGAGCAGAUGAAAGACCCGAAGACGGGUAACCCCCAUACGGCUCACACGACCAACCCUGUUCCGUUCAUUAUGACUGGAAACCCCAAGGGCGAGAAGGGAGAUGCGAAGACGUUGAAGUUUGCUGAUUUGCCCGAAGCGAAGCCAGCAGGGGAGGACGAGGCUGAGGAUGAUUCGCCCGCGUUGGCUGAUGUUGCGCCUACGAUUUUGGAUGUGAUGGGGCUUGAUAAGCCUGAGGAUAUGAGUGGCAAGUCGUUGUUGGCUAAAGAUUAG